AUGCAUCUUUUCAUCACAGGAGCCACAGGAUAUAUCGGAUCCGUCUGUGUGGAAAAGGCCAUCGCCGAAGGCCACACCGUCCACGGACUCUCGCGCACCGAAGCCGGGGAUGCAAAACUAACAGCACUGGGCGUAAUCCCAAUCCGUGGCGACCUGACGACAUUCUCACUCCUCGCGCAGGAAAGCGCCAAAGCGGACGUCGUUCUCCACUGUGCAUUCAACCACGAUUUCAGCGGCGGGGCGUUCGAAGAAAACGUACGCAUAGACUGCGAAGCCAUCAACGCCCUAGCGGACGGUUUGAAGGGCUCGGGCUCAGGGAAACACCUCAUCGUAUCCUCUGCGUGCGGCGGCCGCGUACCGGAUCCGGACGGGGGAGAGGUCGACGAGACAGCGGCGGAGGAUGCGAAUUUCCCGCUGAAGGCGCGCAGGGUGUCUGAUGCGCACGCGAUGGCGAAGGAUGGAGACGGAGUCAAGGUUAGUCUGCUGCACAUCGCGCCUUUGGUGUACGGCCGUGCUGGGAGUGCGUUUGUACCCAUGCUCAUUGCCAGGGCGCACGCUGCUCGCGAGGCGUUGUAUAUUGGAGACGGGAGUCAGAAAAUGACAACGUUGCAUGUCGAUGAUGCUGCGACGUUGUAUCUGGCGCUUGCGAAACAUUCUGCGAGUACUGGAGGUGCUUUCAACGCCUCUGGGUCUACUACAAACACUGCCAAGGAAGUAGCGGAGGCAGUGGGUACUCUGCUUCAUGUUCCUGUCCGCUCAGUUACUUUGGAGGAGGCUGUUAAGGAGGAGAAUCUGGGGCCGCUCUUGUCGAUGGUUAUGGGUACCCAAUACGUGUGUAGAGCAAGCAGCAAGAAGGCGAGGGAAGAGUUGGGGUGGAAACCGACUGGUGUUGAUUUGCCUACUGAUGUUGCUCAUGGGUCAUAUACCAAAUAUGCUGCGAAACUAGCGCAAAAUGUAUAG